AUGUUUACAGAUCACCCUCACAUCAUCAAUUACUACGGUUACGAGGAAAAUGUCGACAGUCGAGGAAAUAUUAUGCAUAACAUCUUUUUGGAAUACGCAUCCUGUGGCAGCAUAGCCGAUCAAAUCGAGCAGAGUGUUGAGAAUACCGGCGGAGGAUUGAGUGAAUGGGAGGUGAGGAAUUAUGUGAAGGGAGUUCUGCUAGGUCUAAAGGACAUUCACAAACAGGGUUUUGUUCAUUGUGACAUAAAGCCCGACAAUAUCUUGUUAGUCGAUGGUUAUGUCCCAAAGAUUUGCGAUUUUGGGUUGGCAAUCAAAAUGGGACUUGUUUCUCACUUGAGAGGCACGCCGGCCUACUUUGCGCCGGAAACGAUUAAAUACAGAAUUUAUACCGCAAGUGCGGAUAUCUGGGCAUUGGGCUGCUCUGUUUUGGAGAUGGUCACUGGAAGGUGUGCAUGGGGGGUCCCUGUUACUGAAGAGAAUAUGUCGUGUAUUGGAAACUACGAAAUUGUUCCACAAAUCCCAAAAGGAUUAUCAUGGGAAAUUCAAGAUUUCCUUAAGAGCUGUCUGGUUAGGAACUUUGGAGAUCGUUGGAAUGCUGAAUCGCUUUUGAGUCAUCCCUUUCUGCAAGACCCGUUUCAGCCUAUCUCGAUUGCAGUUGGUCCCAAAACUUGGAGGACCCAAUCAACCAUGUUACCAAAUGAAGAUCAAAAGAAGAAGUCUAACUUGUGUUCCUUUAUGAAAGAAUUGGCUAUAUAA